AUGGCUAAGACUGCAGUCUCAACAGCAAACACUAGUUAUACUGAUGACAUCUCAGAAUACUGGAAGCCAAUACCACCUGCCAAUGUCUCUCUCUAUAAUUUCACCUUUGGAUUUGCCUUUGGCCAAAGGGCUACUGACUAUGCCCUGAAUGGUGUUCUGAUUGUUGUUCUCAUCAUUGUCAUGCUAUCACUGGGUUGUACCAUGGAGAUAUCCAAGAUCAAGGCUAAUUUCUGGAAACCCAAAGGGGUAGCUAUUGCUGUGGUAGCCCAGUAUGGAAUCAUGCCCUUGACAGCAUUUGCCCUGGGUAAGUUUUUCCAGUUGGAUCCUGUUGAGGCACUGGCUGUGCUCAUCUGUGGCUGCUGCCCAGGUGGAAAUCUCUCCAACAUCUUCAGUCUGGCAUCAAAAGGAGACAUGAACCUCAGUAUUGUGAUGACAACAUGCUCAACACUCUUGGCCCUUGGCCUGAUGCCUCUUCUGCUGUAUCUCUACUCUAAAGGCUUGUUCCAUGGCAAUCUGGAAAGCAAAGUGCCUUACAAAGGGAUUAUUAUCUCCCUGGUCAUGACACUUAUCCCCUGUGCUCUGGGCAUCUUCUUGAAUGAAAAGAAGCCCCAGUGUGCUCGUCACCUUGUUAAGGCAGGUGUGAUUGUUCUGCUUCUGUCAUCUGUCCCAAUAAUUGUUCUUUCAGUGAUCAAUGUUGGAAGCAGCAUAUUGAUCAUCUUCUCUCCACGCCUACUGGGAACAUCUGCUUUAAUGCCAUUUAUUGGCUUCUCCUUGGGCUACAUCCUGUCUGCAUUCUUCAACCUCAAUGAUCAGUGCAGGCGGACAAUCUGCAUGGAGACUGGCUGCCAAAAUGUGCAGCUCUGUUCCACCAUUCUCAAGAUGGCCUUUGCCCCUGAAGUAAUUGGACCCCUCUUCUUCUUUCCUCUUCUGUAUAUAAUAUUUCAGCUGGGAGAAGGACUCCUUCUAGUUGUGACCUUCAGAUGUUAUGGAAAUAUAAAGCAACGGAAGGGCAAAUUCAGCAUCAAUCAACUACGCCAUGAAAUGCUGAAGUGGAAAUCAAACAGGCACCAGAAAUCGUAUUAA